AUGAGUACUAAAGCGAAUUUAACUGAGGAACUUCACGGUACCAUGACUGACUCUAAAGGAUUUAGUGAAUUUACUCUUGAUCCGUGUCACCCAUUCUAUGUUUACCCAUCCAACAGUCCUGGUGGUCAAUUAGUCACCAUUCCUUUUAGUAGAACUGGCUUUGUUAUGUGGCGUAGCAGUAUGUUGACUUCUCUCUCCGCUAAAAAUAAAUUAGGGUUGAUAACUGGUAGGAUAUCGCAACCUCAACUUGAUUCUCCAUAUUAUCUCUUUUGGGAGCAUUGCAAUAACAUGAUCAAGACUUGGAUUAGCAACUCCUUGACUAGAGAAAUUGCUGUGAAUGUUAUGUGUUUCAACACUGCUAAGAAAGUCUGGAAAGACAUAAAUGAUAUGCCAUACAAUCAGAGGGUAAAUUUUGAGUCUAAGAGGUCUACUUCUCCUGUAACUUGCAAAUAUUACAAGAAGCUUGGGCAUAGUGUAGACAAAUGCUACAGAAUCCAUGGGUUUCCAGCUGAUUUCAAGUUCACUAAGUCCAAGAGGUCUGAUGCAUGUGUUCAAGUGGGGGAUUCUUCUCGAACAAACUUGAUUGCUACAGGCACUAGCAACAAUUCUUCAGACUCUGCUUAUGGAUUUAGCAAGGAGCAAUAUGAACAUCUCAUGACUCUCUUCCAACAAGCAAAUUUUUCUUCCGGUUAUCCUCAGUCCACUUCUCCUGGAGAAAACAUUGGUUUUGCCAACUUUGCAGGUGUGCAAUCUUCAUUAUGUCAAUUUCCUGCAGUAAAUUCUGCUAUGCAUUCUUUGUCUGCUCAUAUAUCAACUCCUUUGUCAACUGAAAGGUCUAGCAAUCUUUCCAAUUUCUCCUAUUUUCUACAGGGCCCUUCUCUGAAGCGCUCAGGUAAAGCUGCUCAUGGGCUCUACUUUCUACUACCUGAUAUGGUUACUCUUUCAUUUUCUUCGAAUGUUUCUUGUCCUACUGUUUGUAAUUCAUUUAGAGAAACUGUUAUCCCCUAUUUCCCUAGUUCCACUUGUAAUUCAUCUGGUAGUAUCAAUAAAAUAGAUCUAUUUUGGCAUCAAAGAUCAGACAAUGCCUUUGAAUUAGGCAGUAGUUCAGAGGCUAUAUCCUUCUUUGCUGACAAAGAUGUAGUUUUCUAUGAGCACAUCUUUCCAUAUUCCUCUACUUCAUCUUCUUCUGUUUUUCCUCCUUCUGCUUCCUUUGAAGAUCCUUCUUCAUUUCACUCCUCCACUGCUCCUUCACCAACUCCUCAUGUUGCUCCUUUUGCUAUACCUCGUGCAUUUUCCUCUGAAUCUCAUUCUGAUUCUUCUCCUUCUUCCUCCCACCAUCAAGAACCACCUGCUAUGCAUGUUUCUUCCUCUGCCUCUCUUACUCUCACUGGUCCUGUUCCACCUCCUAACACCUGCCUUGUUUCCACUACUGAGCUACAACUGCAGGAACCACAAUAUUAUCAACAUGCUACCUCACAUCCUGCUUGGCAAGACGCCAUGCUAAAAGAGUUCCAAGCUCUUGAAGCUAACCACACUUGGGAUAUUGUUCAUCUCCCUCCUCACAAGAAACCCAUUCCUUAUAAGUGGGUGUACAAGAUUAAAGAGAAAUCUAAACCCUCAGGGGUUGGCCUAGUGGCAAUAGACUUGAGCCUUGGGGCCUCAAGACAGUGGUUCUCUAAAUUGUCCGAAGCCUUGUGUUCCAGUGGUUAUAUUUCUAGCAAAAAUGAUUGUUCACUCUUCACAAAGUCCUCUGGUGGUUCACUCAUUAUCUUGGCAGUAUCUGUAGAUGACAUAUUGUUGGCAGGAGAUGAUAUUUAUGAAUUGCAUGGUCUUAAGGCUUUUCUUAGUGAUACAUUCAAAAUCAAAGACUUAGGUUGUGUUCACUAUUCCUUGGGUUUGGAAGUUAUCCAACAGCCCCAAGGUCUCUUGAUGUGUCAGCACAAAUUUACAUCUGAUCUAUUGGAGGAGUUUCAAUGUGAUCAUUUCACUCCUGUCAGCACUCCUCUUGACCAUUCUAUCAAACUAUCUUCUGAUAUUGGGGAGCCUCUCUCUGAUCCUAGCAUCUACAGAAGAAUUGUGGGCAAGCUCAAUUUCUUAUGCCAUACAAGGCCUGAUAUUGCAUACUCAGUCCAAUACCUUAGUCAAUUUCAAGUUCCUCACAUGCUGGCUGUUAUACAUUUUUUUAGGUAUCUGGUGAACGCUCCUGAUUUAGGUAUUUUCCUUCCUAAGUCUAAUGAUCUUUCUCUUCUAGCUUACUCUGAUUCUGACUGGGCCAGACUCGAAGGUCUGUUACUGGGUACUCCCUCCGGUCCAAAAUAA